AUGCGCUUCAACGCCAUCUCCGGCGCCGCUCUGGCUGCCGCCUCCGUUGCGAUGGCCAAGGAGCUCCCCAAGGACGAGGCCAGGGCUGCCGAGCUCUACGACAGCGGCGAGAUGCACGAGCGCCUCAUGGAGAAGAAGAUCAACGCCUGGAUGGCCGAGUACGACGCCGGCCUCCUGAGCUCCGAGCAGUGGCCCCGCCUCAACUACACCAAGUGCAUCAACGGCAAGGCCGAGGCCGUCCCCGGCGACCCCAUGCAAACCUUCCGCUGCAAGAACAUCGACCUCUACGAUUUCAUCAACCACGCCACCCUGGGUUCCCCCAACGGCUGGGAUGAGCUCGGUGACGGUGUGCUCCUGACCGGCAGCUCUUCUUGGGGCUGGACCGACCCCGAGUCGGGCCGUGAGUUUGUCGCCAGCGGCAUGUACGACGGCACCGCGUUCCUCGAGAUUCUUCCCGAGGGUCGUUUCCUCCACCUCGGUUUCUUGCCCUGCCCCGCUCCCACCAACCCCAAUGCGUUCUGGAAGGAGAUUCGCUCCUACAAGAACUACAUGCUCAUCGGCUCCGAGCUGGCCGGCCAUGGUAUCCAGAUCUUUGACAUGAGCAAGCUCCUCACCAUUGAUCCCGCCGUGGCCCCCGUGGCUUUCGACAUCCGCACCGACGUCGCCAGCCACUUCAUGGACACCCCCGAUAACCGCAUGCACAACGUCGUUGUCGACGAGGAGAACAACUACGGUGCCGCCGUCGGCUCCCGGCCUCGCACCGACGCCUGCCGCUCGGGCCUCAUCUUCUUCGACCUCACCGACCCCACCAACCCGACCCGCAUCGGCUGCAACGGCCAGGACGGCUACGUCCACGAUGCGCAGUGCCUGACCUACCGUGGCCCCCACGAGAAGUACCAGGGCCGCCAGGUCUGCUACGGCUACAACGAGGACACCCUGACCAUCUACGACGUGACCGACAAGGCCAACUCGUCCGUCAUCUCCGUCACCUCGUACGAGGGUGCCUCCUACACCCAUCAGGGAUGGCUGCUCGACGCCCAGUGGCAGGAGUUUUUGCUCAUGGACGAUGAGUACGACGAGGUUGACGCUGUCGGCCCUGCCGCUGACGGGUACCCCGUCACCUAUAUCUGGGACGUCCGCGAUCUCGAGAACCCCAAGCAGACCGGCAUCUUCAAGGGCACCGUCCCCACCGUUGACCACAACCUUUACAUUGUCGAUGGCAUCGCUUAUCAGUCCAGCUAUGUUGCCGGUCUCCGCGUCUACGAUGUGAGCUCUAUCCCCGAAGACCCUACCGGCGAGGGCGUCUGCGAGAUCGCCUACUUCGAUAUCUACCCCGAGGACGACGACGAGCCCGGCGGUGGUGCCGUCCUGAUGAACGGCUCCUGGUCCUCAUACGCCAUGUUCCCCUCGGGCUUCAUCUACAUCAACACCAUCGAGCGCGGCGGCUACCUCGUCAAGAUGACCAGGAAGGAGAAGUGCAAGCCCCGCUCGUGCAACGCGGACAACUGCCUCCGUGCCAUGCGCGCCACCCAUACCGAGGGCCGCCUCGAGGAGAGCCAGCAGUUCUGCGGCGAGUUCACCAAGACCAUCAUCGCCGACGUCUCGGUCGUCCCCGACUACGCCCGUAACGCCUGCGGCCACAACGUCAUCUCUCGCGUCAGCUCCGCCUGCUCUUGCCUGCCCCCUCCCGCCACCACCUCGGCCGCCCCCGAGCCCACCGAGGACGUCUGCAUUGAGGACUAA